AAAAAUGUUUCAGGAAGUAUUGGUAGCUACCAGGAAGUUGUAAACAAUAAAUACAACAACGAAGCUAGCUGUACGUUGUACUAAAUCUGUGACCGCAACGAAUUAACGUUAGUCGUUGAAGAGCAGGUUGAAGAUAAAUAGAAAAUGGCAAGAGCUAAUUUGAACAUCUGAUGGUGCUGUGUUAUUAUGGUCACUCUCGUGAUGUUAGCUUGUGGCUCUGUUUUGACAAGUAGAUAGCUACUGUAGAUUGCUAUCAACCACAUUAUUCGCUAUCAACAAGGAUCGAUAACUAUCUAGCUAAACCUCCAAUAUAACAUUAGACGUGGAAACGUCUAAUUUGUGGCUUCUCUUUUAUAAUUCACCUGCUGCUAACUUCCAGCUAACUGUUGAUAGCUAGUCAACGAACUAGCUAGCUAUUUAGUAACAAUAAUAGUGAAUAGUUAGUUAGCUAAAUAGCGUUUUAAAUAACGUUAGCGUCAGAUCAGCUACCAUUGCUACAUUGAUCGAUCUGUUCUGACGCACAUUUCCUCUGGACAUCGGGAUUCGAAAGCUAGAAGAACAGUAUUUAAAGAGCAUGUCUACCUCCAACUUCAAAAACAAAUGUGUCACUCAAGUGAAUUGUAUAUACUGUGAGAGUCUACUCUGCACAAGAGGAAUGAAGGCAGUACUUCUCGCAGACACAGAAAUUGAGCUGUUCUCUACUGACAUACCGCCCAACAGAAGUGUUGACUUUGUGGCCAGCUGCUACUCUACAGAGAGCUGCAAAUGCAAACUGAGAGACAUCGCCUGUCUGAAAUGUGGUAAUUUUGUGGGGUAUCACGUGGUAGCCCCAUGUAAGCCCUGCCUGCUGUCCUGUAACAAUGGCCAUUUCUGGAUGUUUAACAGUGAUGCUGUGUCCACCCUUAACAGAUUGGAUCCUACAGGUUUGAACCUAUUGCUGUGGGGAGACCUUCCCGAGCUGGAGGACAGUGAGAACGAGGGAUCAGACACCCCAUCGGAGGAGGAGUGCAUCAGGUAGAGAGCGAUGGAUGACCGAUGGAAGAGAAACAGAAGAGAGGCCUUACCCUGUGACCAUAUUCCCCCCCCCCCCCCCCCCCCCCCUUCCCAAAAGCACACAAUCCCCACGCAUUCUACGCAUUCACGCAUUUCGGUUACGCGUUGGACAAGUAACCGAAAGGUUGCGAGGUCGAAUCCUCAAGCCGACAAGGUAAAAAUCUGUCGUUCUACCCCUGAACAAGGCAGUUAACCUCCUGUUCCUAGGCUGUCAUUGAAAAUAAGAAUUUGUUCUUAACUGACUUGCCUAGGUAAAUAAAGGUAAAAAAAUAUACAAUUCUUAAAUCUCUCUCUCGGUUGGGGGGAAUCAAUGGUAGAACUGGACUGUCGGAACUGCCUUCUCUCUUUAAACUCACCACUGAAUCCCCAUUCAAACAAACUCAUUAGCUUUCGGUUUCACUGGCGGGUGGAUGUCUUAACAUUUCGCAUGGCUGUUUUAUACCCUUUGGGUAGCCUAUUGCCAUUGGACGCUGGAUUGAACUUUGUACGUUGUAUUUUAGGUUUUCUUCAGUCCUUUGUUAGUGCUUGAACAAUCGAUUACAAUGAUGUUGUGUUUAGGUUUUAGAAACUGACAUUGUUGACCUUAAGUAUUUGCCAGUUAUCUUGCAUUGGUCUUUCAUGAGGAGGGCCAGUGUCACCAACAGAUGGUACUAGUACAUAAAGUAUAGGUACGUGUUUGGUUCUAGGGCUCCUCAGUGAUGGGAUAGAGGGUACUCAAUAAAAAUAGAGGAGGCCCAAUUACACACAUGGCAAAGGAGCUGGAAAGAAAAUACAUGAUCAUGAAAGGAAAGUCAAUGUCCACUCAUUCUUACAUUGUUGAUAUAGUAAAAACAUUGCAGCAAAAACAGUGAAAGAAAAUGUACCUUAUAUUCCGAGCAGAUAUCCUAACCCUGUAUGAUUCAACGCUGAACUGUUGUGUGCUUGAAAGAGCACAAUGAAUGAGUAUAUAGAUCUGAGUAUACUGUGAAUCUGAGUAUAGGAGUCACUUGUGGAUAGAGCUGACCUUUCCAUUGCUGCAGAAGCUUUUGCUUCAGACAACGUUCUAGACUUGUAUUCUAAUGGCCUUGGAUCUGAUUUUGUGAAGAACUGUGGGCUCACUGUCAUUGUAGUUCAUGCUUACCCUCUCACUGGAAGUAAAUGUUUCAGCUUUUUUGUGACGCUUCGGUGCCCAGCAAGUACUGUCACAAUGAGUAACAUAUCUUAAAGUAGCAUUUAAUAUACCUCCCAGUUCAAACAGACAAGCUAUGCCUGUAUUAACAAGGAUAUGUUGAAGCUCCAAUUGAAAAGUAUUUGUUUUGUGGUCAUAACUGACAGUAUGAAAGCUGGACGUACACACCAAAUACCUGAGAUGGCAGUCACCAAUUAAAGAUUCCUGUCUGUAGCAAUUAUUUAUUUAAGGUAUGUUCUAAGCUCUGGCUAAGUGUAUUGCAUCUUGUGAUAUAAUAUACAAAAUUAAUAGAAAAUUAUGAUCCAAAUCAUACAGACCAAAUAUCUUUAACCACUUAUUUUCCUUUUGUUUACAAUAGUUGUAUUUUAUUUACAAAAGCAAUGUUUUGUAGUGUGCUGUAUUUUUUCUGUUUCUAUUUGACAUUUCUCUUGCAUUUGAGUUUUUUAUGUUUGGAGGCUGAUACCUUAGUGAAGGUAGCUAGUGAUCAGCUGAGAGCUUCCUAUGGCAUAGACCAUAGUUGGGAGAUAUUCAACCACUAUCAAAACAGUGAUUUUUUUUUUUUUAUAUAUAUAUUUUUAUCUGACUUUAAUAUGAUUAAUUUAAGUAGUGUGGUUUUAUGUAUCAAUUUGUAUUUAUUUAUUAACAAACAUAUUGCUGUCUUUAUACUGAUGUUAUUUGCCCUGCUGAAAAAAUAUAUUUUGAAAUGCCACUGAUCCUGAAUUGGUCGUUUGAAACAUUACUUUUUUUUAUGCUUAUUGUAUUGAUAAUACACCUUUUCCAAAAUA